AUGCUGAAGACGGAGGCCUCGGGGGAGAGGACCUGCCUCCGGAGUGCCUCCCCCCACCGUAAUGCCUACCGAACAGAGUUUCAGGCACUCAAGAAGGCCUUUGACCAGCCGCGGAUUGAUGGAGACUCAAGGCCCAAAGACCUCCAAAGGGUGAAACAACCAAGGGGCCGCCAAUAUGGCUCCCAUGUCAGCCGCAUCAAGGACAUGUUCAUGCAGUUGGAAACAGAAAAAAUAGAAGUGAAGACAAAGGUUCGAGAGGAUUCUUCGCCACCAAAGAUUGUCAAGCCCACCAACUUCAUCAACAAGGCUGACGGAUCUGUGAUAAAGCUCCAGCAUUCCCAGUCGGCUGAUCGGGUUGGAAGUGCUGGAGCAAGGUUCUCAGAAACCAGGAAGCUGUUUGAGCAGCAGUCUCGUGACCAGUCUCAAUCACCAGUCUUUCCCUACGGACGUGAUAAAAGAGGCUCCCACGAGAAUCUUGACGAUUGGCGAGGGACAAGGUCCAACCGAGGCAGUACAGACUCUUUGGACUCACUUUGCUCCAGAGCAGAGGCAUCGUCACCGACUGUCAGUCAACUCAGUGCUGUUUUUGAAAAUGCUGACCACCACAAUCAGGGUGUGUCCUACAAAGGAGUCAGCAGACGAGCCCUCUACUCACCGGAUGGAUGCCAACGCCAUGGAGGAGAUCUCAGUGAGGAUGAUUCACGACAGUCUCCUGUUCGAGGAAACUAUCGGAGCAGGAUAGGGGGAAAGUUUCCCACAUCGUUGUCCUCUGAGGACCUCCUCAGUCCCACUCCUGGAGUAGAGACAGCGGAGCUGAAACCUGCUCCCAAAGAGGAGGAGUCUCAAGACAAAGCAGACAAGGUUGCAAGUACAGGUGGAGAUAAACGGCGCCUUUCUGGGGCCACCACCAAUGGAAGUCAAGUCAAUGGUUCCUAUGAAGAAGAAGAGAAACCAUCAGAAACAAGAAAACAUACCGAGGAUGUAGGGGUGUCCAAGGCUUCAAAACGCGAUGAUCUUCUAAAAGAUGAUGCUGUGAUUACUAACCAACCAGUCACUCCAGAGCCCCAGACAACUACAAGAGCUGAAAGACAGGAGGAUGGAGAUGGGUCAAUAGAAGAUAAGCCCCCUGAAUCCCCCAAUGAUCAAGUUGAAGAACCAGAUGAGGAAUACACUGGGAACGAGCGGGUGGUCUUUAAUGCAGACGGGGACGCUUGUUACCAGGGAUGGGGUGAGAGCUGUACGGAUCCCGAGGAUGACCUCUAUGGAGACGACGAGGAUAUUGUCUACGACCCGGGCUCUGACCUGACAGAGAUUCCUGGUCUGCCGGAGGAGAACAAAGAGGACAUCCCUCCAAAGAGAAAGAUUUGCUUCAGCACUGCUACCAUCAUAGUGUUCAACACUUACUCCAAUGAGGACUACGACCGGCGUAAUGAGGAGGUGGAUCCCGUGGCGUCCUCGGCUGAGUACGAGCUGGAGAAGAGGGUGGAGAAACUGGAACUCUUCCCUGUGGAGCUGGAGAAAGAUGACGACGGCCUGGGCAUCAGUAUCAUCGGGAUGGGCGUCGGUGCUGAUGCCGGUCUGGAGAAACUGGGCAUCUUCGUCAAGACCGUCAUCGAGGGCGGAGCUGCAGAGAGGGACGGCAGGAUAAAGGUGAACGACCAGAUCGUGGAGGUGGACGGGACCAGUCUGGUGGGCGUCACCCAGAGCUUCGCCGCCUCCGUCCUCAGGAACACUUCAGGAGUGGUUCGGUUUGUGAUUGGCCGCGAGCUACCAGGCCAGCAGAGUGAGGUGGCCAGUCUGAUCCAGCAGACCCUGGAGCAGGAGAGGAAACAGAGAGAGCUGCUGGAGCAACAGUACGCCCAGUAUGACGCUGACGAUGACGAGCAGACGGGAGAGUACGCCACGGACGAUGAGGACACGGGGACAGCGGCGGCAGACGGAGAGAAGAGCAUCGAGGUGUUUGACUUGCCAGAGACAGAAGAAGCCUUGUCUCCGUCGGAGUUGGACGCCACCAAACUCUACCAGAAGUUCCGAGAGCUCCAGAUCAAACACACAGUGACCGAGGCCGAGAUCCAGAAGCUGAAAAACAAGUUGGCGUCAGUGGAGAGGGAAAAGCAGCGUUGGGAGAAGGAGAAGAGCCAGCUGAAGGCCAGCAUCGAGGAGAACAAGGAGAGGAUGCUGAAACUGGAGAGCUACUGGAUCGAGGCGCAGACCCUCUGCCACACCGUCAACGAGCACCUGAAGGAGGCGCAGGCCCAGCACCAGACUCUGGAGAAGAAGUACAACAAAGCCAAGAAACUCAUCAAAGAUUUCCAGCAGAAGGAGGUGGAGCUUAUCCAGAAGGAGGAUACAGAGAGGAGGCGGCUGGAGGAGGCUGAGAAAGCUCAUCUGUCUGAGAUCCAGGGGCUGCAAGUGAGGAUUGCAACAUUAGAGUCGGAGCUGAUGCAGCUGAUGAAGCAGAACGGCAUCCAGGUCAACAACAACAACAGCAACAGCGCUGAGAGGCUCAACGCGCAGCAACACAGCCCCGUGCGAGCUGCAGCACAACUCAGAGACCUGAGGGAGGGCUCUCCUCACUGCUCACCCAGCAAAAAGAAGAACUACAGAGUGACAGCUACCCGUGACAGCAUAAGCUCCACAGAGGGAGAGGUAUCAGAGGGACAUGGCAGUCCAGCACACAGUCGCUCUGGUUCCAUUCGUAGUGGGACGUCUUGUGAUGGAGGAGCGGUGGUCCUCAGGGGUCCUGGCAGUGCAGAAAGCUCCCCCAGGCGAGCACUGCACUCCUCCUCCACCACAGGAAUAAUUCAGGAUGGUUCGCGGUCUCCUGCGUUGUCGAGCCCAUCCCACAGUCUGGAGGAGCACAGACAGGCUCUGGACUCUGGCUCCACAGAGCCAUCAGUCGAGGACAGUCCAGAGAAACUCAAGGCCAAGGGACCCACUUUGAACGAUGAUCAGAGCGUCAGCAGCAGCAGCUCGGUGGAGAUCAGCGGUCUGCUGGGUGAAGCCAAGAUGUCAGGACGCUCGCACACACUGGCGCUGUCCUCAGACGAGAGUCUGGAUAUGAUAGAUGAUGAGAUCCUGGACGAGGGACAGCUGUCGAAGCAGCACCAGUGGCAGAGCCACAAUAUCACAGAGUGGACUUCCCAGCAAGUGGCCCGCUGGCUCUUGGGCCUCAACUUAGAACACCAUAUCCCAGAGUUCACUGCCAAAAACAUAGAUGGAGAACAGCUGCUAGAGCUAGAUAGCACUGAGCUGAAGGCCCUUGGAGUCACUUCUUCGCAGGACCGUGCCCUGAUCAAGAAAAAGAUCAAAGACCUUAAAAUGUUGAUGGAGAAGGCCAAGAGGAACCAGGAGAAGCUGGAGAAACAACGCGAGAAGCUACGCAAGAGAGAGCUGGAGCAGCAGAAAGAAAGCCCGUCAGAGUGA